AUGAACAAGAACAUUGCUGUUUACCUAAUUACUUUUCUUGUCAUAGAAGAAAUAAUAAUCCGACAUCAAGCCACUAGUGGAAAAGCCAUAAACAAAGCUUUAAACUAUAUCAAUAAUUGUCAAGGAGUUAGUAAUGCCAUAUCAUUAGAAAACGGCAUACUUAUCGUACGUGGAGAAGGAAUGGAUGAAGCUAAAAUCAGAAGGAAGAUCACGGCGAACCAACACCUCCUCCUCCUCAGAUAUUCCAACUCAACCUCCUCUGACUCAAGCCGUUUCUCCUCCUCAGAGUCAGACUCUUUUUUCCUACGCUCAAAACCCUCUUCCUCUCCUCCUCCACACACACGUCAACCUAACCCUAUUCGAAGCUCAGCCAUCGAGAAACCUAGCAGCAAACAAGAGCACGGUGGUUUCUUGAGAACAAAGUCAAAGGCGUUAAAGAUCUACACCGACUUGACAAAAACAAGCAACCAUAAAAAGCUAAAGAAAAUCAACACCACCGUCUCUUCCUCCGCCGAGCAGCAGCCACCACCACAAUCCUCCUCCAACACCACAUGCUCCUCCACGAAUUUAUAA